AUGAUAGAAAAAAUGAUGAAACUACAAGAAAUGACAAACAAAAAUCAUGAGGCCUCCAUAAAGAACCUAGAGAGACAGAUCGGGCAAAUCUCCAAGCAAUUGAUUAUUGAGAGACCUUCAAGCUCACUACCUAGUGACACAAUCCCAAAUCCUAAGGAGGAGUGCAAGGCAAUACAAUUGAGAAGUGGGAGAAUAUUGAUGAGCAACAAUGAUACUCCAAGGAAACAAAAGGAGAUCAUCAAGGAACCAACAGAGGAAGAUGAGCAAACAAAAGCAGAUCAAGCUGAAGAACACGUUGUGAUGCCAACCAAAAACAAUGAGAAACUCAAAGAACAGGGGAACCAGCCACAUAGCUCAAAAGAAAAGACUCAAGGGAAGCAGCAGGUCGAAAAGCAUCCCACACCUCCACUACCAUAUCCUCAGAGAUUCAACAAGGAGUUCUUGAAGGACCUUAUCAAUAAGAAGAGAAGUUGGCUUGAGAAGGAAACCAUAUUACUGACAGAGGAAUGCAGAGCAUUGAUUCAAAAAGGGCUGCCUCCCAAGCUUGAGGACCCAGGGAGUUUCUUGUUACCCUGCACCAUUGGGGAAGUGACCAUCACUAAAGCAAUGUGCGAUCUCGGAGCGAGUAUCAAUUUAAUACCAUCCUCCCUGGUGAAGAAGCUGUUUAUAGAAAAGGUCAAACCAGUACAAAUGUCUCUGGAAUUGGUAGAUAAGUCAAUGGUGCAUCCUAGGGGUGUAGUUGAAAAUCUGUUGGUCAAGGUGGACAGCUUUAUAUACCCUGCUGAUUUUGUGGUUCUAGAGUCAGACGGGGAUGAUAGUGAUUCUGUUAUAUUGGGACGACCAUUCUUGGCUACGGCUAGAGCCAUCAUAGACAUAGAGAAAGGGGAGUUAACUCUCAGGAUGCAUGAUCAGAGUGUCAUCCUGAAGGUCUUACCAGAAGCACAGUUUGGUGAAAAGAAGAAAGACUCUAUGGAAAUUGAUGAGGGAGGAUCACAGCUGAAAGAAGAAAAUGACAAGGAAAGUCACAGCAACACCCCAAGGACAAGGAUUGUGCGAAUUAAUGAAAAAGCUCCAGAAGAUAUUGGGAUAUUAGCCACAAAGAAGAGGGGUCCCCAAGAGAAGCCCAUGACCAGAAAAGAAAGAUCAACAAAGGAAGGAUGA